CCUCGUGCUAUGUGAUCAUUUCUGGUGUUAGGAUAGUAAGAUGGGUCAGACGGCUGAAAUGAAAGAGAUGCAGCCAGGGGUGUGGCUGCAGUCUCUCUCAGGGAAACUCAGUCUUGCCUUGAGCUGCAGCAUCUCUGACAUAACAGUUGUGCCAGUAUGCCAGUCAUGAACAGGCCAGGAUUUUGGACAGGCUCAGGGUUGAGCAGACUCUUUUCAUCUGGGGAACUAUGGAACUAUGACGGGAAUUCUAAGGAACAGCGCUUGUCCAAGCAAGACCUACGUAUAGCUAAGGAGCCAAGCUCCUCUCAUAGUCAUACUCUCAAAGGCUUACCUCGGUCUCAAAGUGUCAGAGUUGAGCUCUGUGCAGGAAAAUCGCCUCGGUGUGAGAUAGUGGAGCAAGGUGUGCAAAUCCGGGAAGAUAUUCUAACAGGAUGUCUGACUAAAGAGAAGAUUCAGACACCCAAGUCUCAUCCUGCUUACCCUGAGGAAAAGAGAUCGCCUGAAAAGAAUGGCAAUAAAGAAACACUUCCCCCUUUACUCAAUGUGGCCUCGUCUCUUGAGAAUGUUUCCAUAUGUCCAUCAUUCUCAAACACUCCGAAAGCAAAAACAGUCACUGUAAGUUCCAUGACAGGAUCUUCUUUCCUGUCCAAUAGCAAGGAGCUCUUUGAAGACUGCCAGAAGAGGUAUGAGGGGCAGAGGAAUGCACAGGAUCAGGAAUUACCAAUGACAUCCUGUGCUAAUCGCGAUGCUGUGGACACGGACUUCGCUACAGAGGCGAUGUGCGACCCAGUAAUUCUCAAUGUACAGAACGACCAAAGAUCACAAGGUCUAUUGCCGUUAAGCAAUCAUGGCGAGACCAAUCACCAGUUAACCAGUACAGGGACUGAGGAGUGUUUGGUAUCCCACCCUGGCAGCACCAUAAUAGAACCUAAAGAAGCUGAACAAACAAUGAAGACCAACAUAUUUGUAUCCAACAGAGGAAGUAUGUUCAGUGCAACCUAUGUCCACAGCACAGGCAAUAGUGACACAAAGAUGAGUCGUGAAAGCCCCUUGUGUGAUGACAGUGUCUCUGAAACAGGGGAUGAAUUAGAUGCCUUUUCUUCCAGCAGUGACUGUCUGACCUACAUUGAGGACGAAGAGAAGGCUGUUAUAGAUGGAACGAGAGGCAGAGGAAACACAUGCAUUCCACACUUCACCAAAAGGUCAAAAAAUGGAUCACAAACUCAGCCUUUAUGUCUAAAUCCAGCAAGGAUAUACCACUCUUCUUUGAGUAAGCCAUUCGCUCAGUCGUGCAUUCCACUGGUUUUACAGAUGUCCAAACCAGUUACUAGAGGGUGGUCAAAAACAACUGUUUCUGAGGAGGGUCUGUCAGAAAUCCUUUCCCCAGUGGAUGAGGUUCUGUCCUAUGGAAGCUACGAGCUCCCUCCACCUGUUGUGCACUGUGCAGGAUAUGGGAGUGUUAGCUCCACUCUGCUACCUCCCCAACCUGCUUUUGAGGUGAUCACAAGUGAAGAGGAAUUCCCGCCUUCUUCCGAAGGAAAUUAUCUGUGUCUCAAAGAAGAUUCAUCCAUUAACAGUGAGCUUGUUCCUCCUCUCCCUGAUGAUAAGACACCACAUAUAAACAACACAAAAAACUCUGGUGAAACUAACAAAGACCUUGCUGAAGGUCAGAAUGUUUUUGACAGAACUGAGAACUCCAGCUUGGUUCCAGCGGAAGAGGAUGUCACAGACUCGCUCUUCUACUUUGACAUUGGCGACAGGGUUCUUGUCUGCCAUUCCAGACCUGGUGUGCUGAAAUACAAGGGGCCGGCAGCAUUCGCUGGUGGCCUUUGGGCAGGUGUGGUGCUGGACAGGCCAGAAGGAAACCACAACGGGACCUAUAGACGGGUGAAAUAUUUCAGAUGUGAUAGGAACUGUGGUGUUCUGGUCCGAGCGGAGGACAUCUCUCCAUUACGAGGGACACAAGACAGUGAUCUGGAUACUGAGGCUGAGGAGGAUCCCUUCUCAGAUGAAGAACCACCAAACUGCUUGAAAUCACAAGAGGAUGGAUUGAAAGAAGAUGAAGCCUCAGGUGGACCACUGGAAGGCAACAUAGACGGGGGACAAAAUAAACCAAUCAAUGAUCCUUUAACUACUAAAAUUACUUAUAAAGAGGGACAAUUACAAGAGAAAUGGUGCCAAAACCCUCAACUUGAUUGUUGUAACGAGACACCUGAGGCAUCAAGUUCAUCCACCCCUAUGCCUGUAUCAUCAUUAUUUCAAAUUGGUUUUGAUUCAUGCCCCAAAACAGCAGGACACAACAUGAGCUCUAGUUUUGACAUAAACUCUUGGGUGGAAAGUUUGACUGAGGAGCUGAUCCAAGACCUUAUAAUGGAUGCUCUAGAGAUAAGGAUGAGAAACAGAGAGAAAGGCUUGCUCAAAGAGGACAACAAACAAAUUGAUACAGUAAAGAAGAAAGAUGACAGCACAGCAAAUAAGCUGUGUUUCAUAGAACAGUGGCACGAUACUCUCUGCUCUGCAGCUCCUGAGAAGGUUCAAAUCCAGCCCCACGACUGUGACAUAGUGUACAGACUGGUUGAUACUGCCUUGGAAACCCUCUUAGGCCAAGCAAAGAGUACCAUGAUUUACAACCCAGAAGCACCAGGCUAUAUCAUCGACGAAGAGAGUGUCAGAGUUUACGGACGGAUCAUGCACCAACUCACCGCUGAGGUUCUUCAUGGGGUAUUGACCAAUCACUUUGGGAUUACAAGAUCUAUGUGGCAGACAAAAAAUAUACUCUCAAGUCUCCUAUCAAGUAGAAUCUUUCUCACCGACCUGAAGGCUGCUGUUAAAUCUGAGGUGCAGAAAGAGCUCAACUUGGAACGGACGGACCUUCAGAUGAAAGAGAUUCUCCUGACGUUGUGCAAAUACAGGAGUACAAAGCGAGACAGAGUAGACUACAUUCUGAUCCAAGAGCUUCACAAAGAAGAACUUCAGUGGGUGGACUACAGCGCUGACCAGAUUACUGUGAAGAUGAAACUGUCUGAGGAGAUUUUCAGUCUUCUCCUAGAGGACACUAUAUCAGUUCUCAAACACAUGUACAUGACACCAUCCUUUUGAACCUGAGAAAGAAGGUUACUGUUCCCUCAAUAAAAUAUAUCUUAUUAAUUGCCAAUACAUUCUCAAAUGUUUUGAAUUCAGUUACAAUUACAUGUAUUGAUUAUCUAUGAUCGUUGAAGAAUUUAAAUAAAUC